AUGAGCCUUCCAGGCCCCGAUCAUGGCAAUGCAGAUCAUGCUCAUAUAUUAGCUAACAAGUGGAUGAACGCAACAAAACUGGCCGAGAUGGUUAAAACACAAGGUCUCGUUUACAAGAAGGGAAAGUUUUCUGCGAUUGAAGAAGAACAACUACGCGCCGCUAUCGAAGCCUUCAAAGUGAACCGAGGUCUUACCGAUGAACAACUCCUGGACAUCAUUUUCCAAAAGAGUGAGAAAGGGAAAGACAACGCGUUCUGGUCGGAAAUUACUUCUGCUCUCGCUCUGCGCCCUAUCAUUGCUGUUUAUCACCAUGUUCGUCGGGCUAAAUGGAUGCCCGAAGAAGAUGCUGUACUUAAGCGAGCCGUUACGGACCUUGGUCAACAAUGGGAAAAAGUCAGUGAGAUAGUGGGUCGAAUGUCAUCCGAUUGUCGUGACCGUUAUCGCAAUCACAUCGCCAAUCGCGAAGUUCGGGUGACGGGCGUGUGGACUAAAGAGGAAGAAGAAGAGCUGACGUCAAUUGUGACGGAGAUGACAAUCCAACAAGGCAAGGAUUUCGAUAACGAUGUCUUCUGGGGCAAAGUCAGCGAUAGGAUGGGGAAUAGGCGUGGCAGACAACAGUGUCGAAUCAAAUGGACGGAUUCGCUGAGCAAAACCGUCAAAAAUGAAGGGCAGAAGCCACGUUGGAGUGCUCAAGAUGCAUAUAUCCUGGUCCACAAGGUGGAUUCCAUGAACGUCAGGGAUGAUACUGAGAUCGACUGGAAGACACUACCCGAUUCAGAUUGGAAUUUAUGGAGUGCUCACUCACUCCAACGACGCUGGUUAACGAUGAAGAGAGGAAUCAAGGGGUACGAGGACAUGACCCACCAAGAAAUCAUGGAUAUUCUGCGAGUCAAGAAAGCCCACCUCCCUCCCGCUUCAGCGACACGUAAACGAAAAGUCACCAGCGCAGCAAAUGUCGAGGACCCGGCGGAAGCAGAGACUGGAGAUGCGGGGCCAAGUGGAACACAAGAAGCUCAGAACAGUGCAUCUGAUGGCCAGGACAGAGAUGCUGAUGGGUCAACUGACGAUUCAGAUGCUUAA